UGAAAUAUUUGCUGCUAGCUGGGCAAAGAGCUGAAAUAGCCAGCGAGCUAGCUAGCCACAUUCAUUAUCUUUCACUCUGCCUUAUUUAGUUAGCUAGCAGAGUAAUGUGUAUAGCUAACUAGUUAUAAUAGCUACACUCGUAUUUUGUUUGGCCAGCUGUCAGCAAUCUAACGUUAUCUAGCAAAGCAUCGACCAAAUGCAGCUAGCUAUAUUAGCUGUAGUAGCUAAUGUUGAUCAUGUCAAUAAUUAUACCUAGCUAAAUUUGGCUAGAUAGAUUGUACUAGCUGCUAGCCAGGUGGGGUCAUUUAUGCCAGCCUUAGCAAAACGUUUUGAUUGUUGUUCAGUGCCACUCCGUGGCUCAUUAGAGAAACUCAUUGACCGAGUUGAUGCAGGUUGCAGAUUUAGAGACGUUGGGACAGGGAGGAGAGGAGAUGGGGGGAUUGUGUAGGCCACUCCAGGCCUCUAUGGUCUGGCUGGCCGUUCUCCUUCUGCUGCUGGGGGAGACGGUGAACACAGCCCAGGAGUUUGACCCCUACAGAGUCCUGGGGCUCACCAAGACCGCCGGUCAAGCAGAGGUCAAGAAGGUGUACAAGAGGCUGGUCAGAGAAUGGCACCCAGACAAGAACAAUGAUCCUGGGGCUGAAGAUAUGUUCAUCAAGAUCACUAAAUCUUAUGAGAUCCUGGGGAAUGUGGAGCGGCGUGCUAACUACGACCGCUACGGACAGAUGGAGGAGAACAAGCAGGGUCAGCACCAGCAGGGCUUCAACCGACACUUCCACAACAGCUUCUAUUUCGACGAGUCAUUCUUCAAUUUCCCUAGGUCAGGCCGGGACUUCUCAGACAGCAAGUAUCUGCUCGACCACGCAGGGUUCAACAGUAAGGUGCUGCCCGACAGCUUCAAGCGGCCCUACCUGAUCAAGAUCACCUCCGAGUGGUGCUUCGCCUGCGUUCACAUCGAGCCAGUCUGGAGGGAGGCAGUACAGGAGCUAGAGCCACUGGGUGUGGGUAUCGGCAUUGUUGACAUUGGUUACGAGCGUCGCCUAGCCAACCAGCUGGGUGUCCAUCGCACGCCAUCCAUCCUGGGUGUGGUCAAUGGUAGAGUGACCGUGUUCCACUACUCCGUGGUCAGAGAACACCUGCGACAGUUUGUAGAAGACCUGCUGCCUCAGAGGCUGGUGGAAAAGGUAACAGAUAAGAACUAUGUGUCCUUCCUGGGCAGCUGGCAUGUUGAGAACAAUCCCAGUGUGUUGCUGUUUGACCAAGUGCCUGCAGUGCCCCUGCUCUACAAGCUCACAGCGUUUGCCUUUAAGGACUAUGUGCGGUUUGGUUACGUGGACCAGGGACUGACAGAGACAUCCAGACUACUGCAUCAGUUCAACAUCAACAGCUAUGCUCCCACAAUGCUGCUGUUCAAGGAGAACACUGAGCAACCUGCUGAUAUUAUACAGGCUAAAGGGAUGAAGAGACAGAUCAUGGAGGAGUUUGUGUCCAACAACAAGUACCUGUGUGUCCCUCGGUUGGUCAACCAGCAUCUGUUCGAUGAGCUCUGCCCCAUCAAGCAGUUCCACCGGCGCAGGAAGUACUGUGUGCUGCUGAUCACAGGUGAGGAGCCAGGGUUUGUCCCUGGUAACCAGGCCUUCCUGACCUUCGCCUCGUCCAACACUAAAGACGUCCUGCGCUUCACAUAUGUCUACCAGAGACAGCAACAACCACUGUGUCAGGCCUUGCUCCACAACCAGGCCCCACUGUUCGCACAGGUGGUGAUACUGGAGAGGCGGAGCCCGGGAGGUAAGGCUGUGUACCGGUCUGUGAUUGGUGGAUGGAACGGCAGUGACGAUGAUAAGACCCGCCUCCACGAGCAGCUGGAGCUCCUGCAGAGAGACCCCUCCUACCUGAGCUAUGACGCCACGCUACCUGAACUAAACAACGAAUUGUCCCCCAUGUUUCUGAUUCAGUGGAUCAAUGCAGCUUACGAUUAUUUCCUUCAAAUCUAUGAUGACCUUCUCUUCUCCAACUGGCGGGAGAUGAUGCCCAUCCUGUCUCUCAUCUUUUCUGCUCUGUUCAUCCUCUUUGGUACUGUCAUCAUCCAGGCCUUCAGUGACUCGGGUGAAGAGAAGCCUCCCCAAAAACCAAAGCCAAAGAACCCACCAAAGACUGAAGACUCACCUGGUAGAGCCAAUACUUCCAGUCGUCCUCCUAAGAAGGACUUUGUGGAGGUGACGGAGCUGACAAACAUCACCUACAUCAGUAACUUGGUCAAGCUGAGACCUGGUCACAUCAACGUGGUCCUAGUCCUCACUGACGCUUCCAAGAAUGCUCUGCUCAGGAAGUACGCCAAAGAGGUUUUCUCCUUCUCCGGGACCCAGACCCUACACUUCUCCUUCCUGAAUGCAGACAAACACAGCCAGUGGAUGCCAUCUCUCUUGGAGUCUUGUCCUACUGCAGCCCGGGUCCUGACCCAUGGAGAGGAGGAGGAAGGGGGAGGAGGAGAGGGGGAUGAAUACUCCUCUCCAUUCUCAGGUCGUCCCAGAGACUUCACAGGCCAUGUUCUGGCACUCAAUGGACACAAGAAGUACUUCUGUCUCUUCAGACCUGUCUUCACUGGGGACACGGACACUGGCGGAGAGAGCUCAAGCUCAUCAUCUUCAUCAUUUGACGAAGGCUCCAGGAGAAAGUCUCGGUCAAGGUCGCGAUCCCAGUCGAGCUCACGUUCAAGGUCCAGGGAGGAGGGGGGGUUGUCGGGUAGGGGUGGGAGGGGUGGUGGGCGGGCCUCCAGGGCUACCAGUCUGGAGGUGCACCAUAAGCUGGACAGGCUGGGGCUGUGGAUGGAGAGGCUGAUGGAGGGGACUCUGCCCAGGCACAGUGUCCCUGGCUGGCCUGGGUUGGACACCACCUCUCCAAGCUCCAGCCCCGCUCCCCAGAACUGAGGAACCACACUGGACUGGACCCGACCGGACCCAUAUGAAGUGUAAAUGAGAUUUCUGCAGCUUAAACGUAGCCAGUAGUCAUUAUGCAAAGCCAAUGAAUAAUACAGAAGAUUAAUAUAACACUAUAAAGUAUACUAACCUUGUCCCAGAUCUGUUUGUGCUUUCUUGCGAAUGCCAACUUCAGGUGUGACAAUGGUCAUAGGAGUUGGCCAGACGGCACAAACUGAUCCGGGACCAGGCAAGAAACUGAAGCUCCAUUUACCCUAUCACAACAAUCAUGUUUUACUUUAGCUUUAGGGACUGUAGUAGGUGAAGCUUCAAAUGCACUGAUCUUGCCAUUUGUCUUUCAUAGGAAGCUGUUAACCUGGAAUUAGGGCUUGAGACAAUUGACGUGUUGCACUGUAAAGCACUGACUACUGUAUGUUUGGAUAUUUUGUUGUAAAUAAACACCAAGGACCCUAUUCAAUAA